UCGACGUUCGCGAUAAUUGCAUCAUCUUCGAGAUACUUGGACUCCUCAAGUAGGGCUCAUUGCAACCGCAGAACUCUCAAGUAUUAUCUGUGCUAAUGGCUUGGCUGUCAAUUCUGCGAGGAGGAUUCAAUGCCUUAAUCUAUCUUACUGUUUACCUAGUGAGCUGGGCAUAUGGACUGCUACGCAUCUUGACUUCGCCAUUCGUAGCACUGGGUUAUCUUGUGCUUCACAUUGCCUUGUUCCCUGUGAAAUUCCUGAUCAAACUCGAGGCCCUAUUUGUCUUCCUUGCAACUGCCAUACUGGCAGGCAUUUGCCUUGGUUUGAUCUUAUUCGGUACAACAACUUUGACCGUGGAGACGGCAAAUCGACUGGUCAACCUCAUACUGAGCACCGCUGCUCAGAAAUUCUACGGAAAUGAUGAUGACCUCCUGGAUAGCACCGGGAAGACAACGCCAUCUCCAAGCGACCUCAGUACUGAGGAUGAUUACUUUACAGCUUGGCAUGGAAGGCAAGCUUCGAGGGACUUGAAAAAGGCUGCUCUUCUGGCGGACAUAAUUGUCGAGGAAGAGGAGGCUAGCCGAAGCUCGAGCCAUUCGAGAUAAAUUCUCGAGGAACAUAAAUCAAAAGUACAGUACGCGCACAACAAACCAUGCGAAUAUAGAGUAAAGAGAACCCGUCGCCUUCAUGCAAUGGAUG